AUGUCGUACCCAUAUUCUUCAAAAGACAUUCAAGAAUUGGACAAUCGAGAUUUAUCUGCUAAUAUUUUAUCAGCAUCAAUGAAUCAUCCAACUGAGAUUCCACCACCAACACAACUUGCUAGUAGACGUGUUGUAAAUUCAUGUUUUUGGUCAACUAUUAUAUUUGCAAUAAAUUUUGUUUCAUCAAUUCUAGUUAUUAAUUUAGCUAAAUGGAUUUACGUUAAACAUCAUUUUCCUAAUUUAACUUUAACGACAAUAAAUUUUUUCAUGACCUAUCUUCUUUUACUUGUGUGUUUACAACUAAAAUUAUUUACUUAUAUUAAAUUACCAAUUUUAAGCAUGAUUCCUGUAUCAGCCUGUUUUGGUGGCUUUAUAGCAUUUAGUAAUUUAUCACUUCAGUACAAUACGGUUGGUACAUAUCAACUUAUCAAAUUACAAGUCACACCAACUGUCAUGUUAAUCAGUUGGAUGUUUUUUAAAGCUCAUUAUCCAUUACCUAUUGUUUUAUCAUUUCUUCCAGUUUUCAUUGGAACAUUAAUUAGUACUUAUUAUGAUUUACAAUUUAAUAUGUUCGGUCUUUUUUGUGCAUUGACAUCUAUGAUGUUUACCGCUGUCUAUCAAAUACUUAUUGAACAUUAUCAAAAAGCUUAUAACUGUGAUUCAUUACAAUUAUUAUUUUAUCAAGCUCCACUUUCUGGUUUAUUACUUCUAAUGGUUGUACCAUUCUUCGAACCAAUAUCUGCAUUAGAUAAAUUUAUGAAUUUUGAUACUAUUUCAUUGAUAUUAUGCUGUGGUGUUGUUGCAUUUUUUGUUAAUUUUACAAUAUUUUGGGUUAUUGGAAAUUUAUCUGCUGUUGCUUAUAAUAUGAUUGGACAUUCCAAAACUUUAUUAAUUAUAUUUAUUGGUUCAUUUAUAUUCCACGAACCACUUAAUAUACGACAAGUAUUUGGUUUAUGUUUUACAAUGAUCGGUGUAUUUGUUUAUUCAUAUUUUAAAUAUAUUAGAAAAGUUACUAAAUAA